AUGGCUGAGAAGGACAUCAUUUGCAUUGUCUCUUCGGGGUACAAAGCGGUAUUUUUGAAGAUUAACUCCUCAACCACCAUCCUGGAUCUCAAAUUUGAUGUGGCAGAGAGGUUAGGUAUUCCAUAUGAGUCAUUAAUUCUGUCAUACGAAGAUGAAACAGCUGGAAGCUUGAAAUUUCCUAUUGAGAACGAGGGGGACAUGAUGUCUAUGGUGGAGCAUUGCCACAAUCUUGGACUGAAAGAGGUUCACAUGAAAGCUUUUAAAGAAGCUGAUGAUUUGCAGAAUAUACACUGCAAUGAGCGAGUCCAACCUUGCAAAGAGCAAGUCCCACAAGACAUCGCUUCCAGAAGUCUAAACUCGAAAAGUAUAGACUGUGGCCCGCUGGAGUUGUCGUCCACAACUGUUGCAGAUAAGAAUCCCAAUGACAUUCCUUCAAGAGAUAAUGUUAUGAUGAUUGAUGACAUGAUUAGCAGAUCUGAGAGGAUUCCUGCUUGGUGGCACACUGCGUUAACUGGGGAGGGGCAACGUUUUGAAAGUGCGAAGGAGUUAAGAUUGGCCUUGCUAUACUACUCCAUGGCCAAAAAAUUCGAAUAUGAGUUUGUGAAGAAUGAACCAAAGUGUAUUCGAGUUUUUUGCCGAUUUAAGGUAGCCAAAAAUUGCUCAUGGAUGUUAUUUGCCUCUCCGCCGAAAAAUGAUAAUAGACUUGAAAUAAAAAUGUUCGUGGACAUUCACAACUGUGGACAACAUGCCAAUAAUGCAGGUCAAUCUAGAGCCUCUCGUCAUUUCAUUGCUACCCAAUUACAACCCACGUUGAAGGUACGUCCGGAUAUACGACCUAUUGACGUUCAGAAGGAGUUUCUAAGUUCAUAUGGGAUUAGGGUUGAAUAUAGUAAGAUUUGGUGGGGUAAAGAAAGAGCUCAAGAGCGAUUAUAUGGUGAUGCUUAUGAGUCCUACGAUCAAUUGAGAUGGUAUGUAGACGAAGUUAAGAAGACAAAUCCGGGAAGCUACAUUCAUGUUGAACAAGACGAGGGUAGGUUUACUAGGAUAUUCAUCUGCUAUGCUGCCUGCAUAAAUGGUUUUUUACAAGGUUGCAGACCACUUAUAUUUUUGGAUGGAACCUUUCUGAAAGAUCGAUUCAAAGGUCUGUGGUCCAUUCUCUAUGAAAGGGCAGAUCCAUACAACCCUCCACAUAAGCUAGUGAUAAUUUCAGAUGCGGAUAAAGGGAUCAGAGAAGCAGUUAGAGAAUUUUUUUCCCGAUUCUAUACACUCUCGCUGUGUGCUGCAUCUGGUCGAGAACUUCAGAACAAAGUUGAAGGAUUUGGGAUUCAAGUCAAAGGAUUCUCAGAUCUUGGAUAUGGUCACGUUACAUCAAAUGUUGCAGAGUCAUUCAACAAAUGGAUUCAUGAGGCAAGGCUUCUACGGAUACUCCAACUGAUAGAGCAUAUUCGUAAACAGAUCAUGGUGCGCAUGAAUGAGCGACGAGUCAUGGCUGAAAGUUGGAAUCAAGUUCUUUGCCCCAAAGCUGAAAUUGCCCUCAAGGAGAACAUGGACAAUGGACGCCCGUUGGAGGUUCGUCAGUCCCACACAGGCUUAUUUGAAGUACAAUCCCAUAGAUCUUGUCAAGUGGAUCUAGACAAUAAAACAUGCACUUGCCGUGGGUGGGAUGUAACCCGUGUCCCUUGCAAACAUGCAUGCGCAAGCAUUAUGUUUAUGAAAAGGGAUGUCUACCAAUUCUGUGACUGGUUUAUGACGGUUGACGCCUUUAAAAGGAGCUACGAGCCUAUCAUCUACCCUAUACCUGACUACGAGAAACGCAGCGUGCCAAGGGAUGAGAUACAGAUCCUACCUCCAAUUACAACGAAAAGGAAAGGGAGAAAUAAGACCAGGCGAAUCAACAACAGAACUGUUUACACCCGGCCAGUUAAAUAUUCUCGGUGUCAUCUGGAAGGGCAUAAUCGUAAAACAUGUAAUGAAACCAUCGCUGACUAA